CCGCUUGUCCCGCAUCACGCCAGUCACCCAAUUCCCGUCAUUCAAAACAGUCAACGCCCAACUCCGGCACCCCAUCCCGGUCAGACACCGACAUGCCUACGGACUCCUCCGAUAUGAAUCGGCGGCCCUCAACCAAGAGGUGGUCGACAACUGAGAGUCUGCGCCGCGGCAGAGGCCCUCCGACAUGCCGCGUACCUCAGUGCAGAGACACAGCAGUACCCAUUGCAGGAGCCUUUGAUGACCAGAUACUUCUCUCACUCUACUGUAAACGACACACAUGCCGAUGGGAGCAUCCACCCUACGACAGGAGCUGUUGCCCCGACCCUGUAACGACAGGGCAAGACUUAUGUGACCACCACGAAAAACUUCUAUCAUGCGCGUGCACAACGGAACCCUGUCUGCAAAAAAGAGAUUACGAAGAAGUUGCUGACAGUGUUGACCCAACGGCCCCUUGGUUUUGUUCUACUCAUCGCUGUGGCCAUGAUAGGUGUGAUAAAGAAGGUACCGGUAGUGACCAACAUAAUCGGCGAUGCGACAAGCACAAGCGAUGCGAUGUGCCAGACUGCAAGUCACCACCAGACGUUCAAAACGACAGCUUCUACUGCAAGCAACAUACUUGCAGAAGCGCCCACUGUCCCAACAUCGCCAAGAAAAACAACCUCUGCACGGAGCAUCAGCGAUGUGCUCGCGAAGGGUGUCACAAACCUCGAUAUUGGCCCGACACUGGACUCGAUGAUCUGGAUGCACCACCAUUGUGUGAAACACACUUCAAGCAGAAAGCUCGAUGUGCGAACCCAGAUUGUAGACGACAAAAGGAAAAUGGAAAGGGCCGGUACUGUUCCGAGCAUGAGUGUAAGGCUGGACAGUGUCCAGAGGAGAGAGGCAGCUCUGGAAGCCCUUACUGCCACAAGCAUCGCUGCAGGAAGGACGGCUGUCCUAAUCCUCUCGUCAACGGCUCAGGUACCGGCACCGGCCCUUUCUGCCCGAAACAUACCUGCAAGGCCCCAUCAUGUCAACGAAGCACCGCAACGGCCAGCUCUUCCCACUGCGAGAUUCACACUUGCAGCAAGCCAGACUGCACCAAUGCCGUCGACACCAUCGUCAAUUCGACGACCUCCGCAAAGUCCUCCCCUCCCCUCUGCAAGCUACACAAAUGCAAGAUUGCCUCCUGUCCCGAAGAAGCGACGCCCAUCUCCGAGACCACAGCAGGCUACUGCCUCGCCAAGCACGGGUGUGUCGAGACCGACUGCCUGAAAGGCCGAAUCUACGACGAUCAAGGAACACCGUUCGAGCGAUGCGCCGAUCAUGAACGGCAACGGUGGAAAGAUGCGGGUAGGAGAGACGCUGAAGAGGCCAGAGAGGAAGAGGACGCGCUACGAAAGAAGGGGCAGCUCAAGAAAGACAAGGAACAGCAAGAGGAGAGAGAAUCAUUUCUGCAGGAGAAAGAGACGUUGAUGAAGGAAAAUGAGGCGUUGCAGAAAGAAAAGCAUGACUUGAUGGUUAUGUUACAAAAGGUCAAUCAGUACAAGAAGGAGAUGGAGAGGCUGGAACAAGAGAACGAAGACCUAUUUGCAGAGAAGGAGGAGCUACGAGACGCCCACGAAGCGCAUCAAAAGAGGUUGCGAAAAGGACGAAGACCCUCAAUGGCGGCUCCCAGCCCCGGAUUCUACCCCAACGGCAUUCCGGCUACAGCUCCCGGACCAGGAGGAUAUCCUCCGUUCGGGCCACCGGACGGUCAUCCAUUUCCAGGGCCAGGCCCCAUGCCAAUACCUGGGAUGAACGGCAGCAAACUAGGGAGGGAAUCUCCCAUUAGCCGCAGCUUCCGUGGCAGUGCUUGGGACACAUCCCGGGACUCUCUUCUUUCACAUCAGCACGAUGAUCACGAGUAUCCCUACUACUCCGAAGAAGACAGAGGCGGAACACCAACAGACAUCUCGUUCGACCACAGCAGCGAGCAUGAUCCCUCCCAACCUCAACGGGGUCGCAUCCGUGACGUUCCCUUGGACUGGCGGGAGCCGCCUACACCCGGGCGCGAGCCGCGUGGUAGAGAGGCUAGAGAGCUGAGGGAUAAAUCGAGAGGUAGGGUCAGAGGCGAUACCACUGAGACUAUCAAAGAAGCUGGAGCAGUCGCAAGAAGUCCGAGGGAUAAGAGUAAGCCGAGGCGGACGAAGAGCAAACAUCGAGGGACAACUGGGGGGUACGGGGCUUAUGAUGCUAUGAGGAGACGGAGCGGUGCGGGUCUGAGCCAGUGGCAAGGAGAUGCUACGCAGGCGCCACCGCUGUCGUCAAGGAGGUCAAAGACCUUCGGGACUGGGAAGCCGAGGCCUGUGAGUAUGGCGGGGAGUGUUCCGGAUGCAUAUGGUGGAGGAGGGUAUGGACAUCCGGCGGCUGGGCAUACGGGGUAUUGGGGGCAGCGGGGACAUGGGGAGUACUGUGAUAGUGAGGAAUGAAUCAGGAGCUGAGAACAACGGUAGAUUGGAUAGAAUGAAUGUCCUGUUCUCUCAG